UCUACGGCCGUGGUCCUUCGUUACGUCGAUUCUCAGACCAUAUUGACGACGUGCGUCCGGACUCUCCCGUGGCAAACAAGACCCCCACUCGUUCUUCUACCCGCCCCAUCGACAAUACCGACGCCUUCAGGGUUUCCCUCUGAUAGACCUUGGAUUACAUCCUACGGACGUUAGCUUACUAAGGAUCCUCGAGCUUCUUUGGUGCUGGAUAUUCACAACAAACACAUCGAUUCACUAUUUUACUCUGAAGGGGGCUGGGUCGCCCAGGACAUAGGAUUACUGGCUCGGGGCCAACACCAACUGAAGUCAAUCCUUUCACGAUGGCACCAAGUCAUCGAAUAUUCGCCCUCCUUUUCCUCUUGCUCGGGAUUCUUGUCCUUCCCUCUGCAGCUGAUCAGACCAAACAAAAAGCAUGGGUCUAUGGCACCGGUACAGAUGGAGAAACCCGACAGCUAGCUGUCGACCGCAGGCCGGCACUUUAUACCGGUGAUUUUGGAGACUGCAUGGGAGGCGAGAGUCUGUUCAACGUCACCAAGUUCGAUGGCGCAUAUUUUGCUGAUAAUAUGACCAUUGUCCUCCAUCUCGACGCGACAAGCAAUAUCAGAAACGAGUCAACAAUGAUGUACAUCUCCGUUGAUGCAUAUGGCGAAAACAGACUCUCCAUGACCUUCAACCCAUGCAACGCUAUGAUCAGCAGUCUCUGUCCCCUCGUUGCCAGCAAACCGGUAAGCGCCUAUGUCAUGAUCCCCGUCGCGCCCCGAGACGUAAGUGGAAUUCCGGAUAUCGCCUACGUGAUUCCAGACUUCGAAGGCACCUUGAAGCUACGGAUAUUUUCGAAUUCAAGUAUGACGGAAAUAGGAUGCUUCCAAGCGGUCAUGAGGAACGGGAACAGCUUUUCCCACCCCGACGCCGUCGCUUCGGCUCUAGGUGCAACCACGAUUCUAGCCAUAAUCGCCUCUUUUGCGACAGCCGCGUAUGGUGUGAGCGUUACUCACAUGAGGAUGCACUACGCCCACUCCUUUUCCGUUUUCAUCGUUUUGGAAACCUUCCAGGCCAUCUUCUUUUCAGGCGCCCUCUCUUUAGACUGGCCCUCGGUCUUGCCGGCAUGGUGGAGCAACUUUGCUUGGUCCGCUGGCAUGAUCUACACUACGAAGCUGGUGAACUCUGUUGAUUCGUUUGUGGGAUUCCACGGCAACUCUAGCCAGGUUGGAGGCGCUGGCUCCGCGGUUCUCAACACCAAAGGGGGCUUGAAUCUGAUAUCCCAGAUCUACGGAAAGGCUGCUGAGAAAACGGUAGAGACGAUCACGAAGAGGCAUGCUUACAAUGCCAGCAACCCCUACGACUAUAACUGGGCCGGAGACCCUGUCAGCCUUGGCUUGCCCCUCCCAGGCUCCUGGUUUGGAUUCUCGGGAACUUUGUCCAUGGUCAAAAUCCCCGCCGCUGACGCCGUUCUUGUCGGACUCACCUGGAUCAUGAUCGCGAUCGUCUUGGCGGGCGUUGCCGUCGUGGCCCUCAAGGGGUUCCUUGAGCUCCUUGCGCUCACCAAGGUGAUGAAUGCGGACAGCCUUCCUUACUUCCGCAGUCACUGGAUCGGAUUCACGGUUUUGGCCCUACAGCGAACAUUCCUCGUUUCCUUCUUCGCUGUCAUGAUUCUCACCAUGUUCCAGUUCACAUACGGCGGCUCAGGGGAUGCAACUGUCAUUGCCGGUGUAUCUUUCGCGGUCUUUCUCAUUGGUGUUACCGUUCUGGUCGCUCUGGGAAUUCACGCCCGUACCAAGUCCGGCAGGUUUGAGUGUGGAACCGAACAGCUUGUCUUCCACCGAGGGAAGAUGCUUGGCUGUCUCCCGGGACUGACUCCCACCUGGCUCAGAACCCUCAAAGAGAACGAGGUGGAGGUCCAACCGGUAUUUUCGAUUCCGCUCUUCCGCAUCCGCCACGUUGACGAUGACCCCGACCGCCCGACUGUCCACGAAGACCAAGCUUACGUCAAGACAUGGGGCUGGAUGACCGCGAGAUACAGGCGCACGAGGUGGUGGUUUACCGCGUUCUACAUGCCUUACCUGUUCGCCCGCGCGGCCUUCAUUGGAGGCGGGGCGCAAAACGUUUAUGCGCAAAUCUACGGCUUGCUGGUCCUUGAUAUCGUCUCGUUCGCCAUCAUGGUCAUCAUCAACCCCUUUGAAGGAGCUCGCAACACCGCCAUGGGUAUUUGGAUUCUAAGCAUCUGCAAGAUCGCCACGACGGGCCUUUCCAUCGCGUUCUUUCCGGAGUUCGGACUGAACAGGAUCAUCGUCACCGCUUUCGGCAUCAUCAUCAUUGUCAUCCAAGGAUUCACGGUCGUCGCAUUGUUGAUCCUCGUCGGCCUCGGUAUCAUCUCGACAUGGAUGUCGCUCUCGCGGAACAAGGAGAGAUUCUUCGACGAGAUGGAAUGGGCCCGAGUCCGGUACCUCGAAAACAUGGAAAGGCGAGCACCCGACAUGCCGCCGCCGAAGCAAGAGAAAGACAAGAACCAGGAACCAGCAGCACCGGUCGAACCUUCGUUCGAAGUUGCCCAAGUAUGGCGCAUGUCCAAGAUCGUAGACGAGGAAGAAGGAAUGGGAGGACUGGAAGACAUCAGGAACUCAACGUCGGAGGAGGGGGAGGAUGCAAGCAUCGGUGAAUCGGAGGACACUCUCCCCGUCCUGGAGGAAAUCCCAGAAAACGACAACGACAGCACCAGCUCGCUCGAUACGCCCGCAGGGCCCGCGCUCAACGCGCCCUCCCACCCAGGUAGCCGAUCAGUUAGCGGCUCGACUGCUCGGUACAGCACGGGCAGCGUACCGCGCAACUCUCGCGCCUACCGCAACUCGCGAUCGUCGCUCAAUCAUCUGGACGCCAAGUUCACCGACCGCCCGGACAGCCGCGUGUCCAACAGGUUGAGCAGCCACAGCGGUCUGAAUCGCAGCAGCAGCUUGAGACCGGUCAGCAGCGUUCCAAGCGUUGCCUAUUCCAACAGGGCUUCCAGUACGUUCCCGGCAACGGGAUUGUCGACGCCGAGCAAGGAUACACUGGCCAAGUACGCGGAGCAAAGGAGAUCCUGGACACCGCAGCCGUCGACGGAGAUCUGGACUGAUAAGAGCAGUGCUGCUAGCAAGCGGCAUAGUGUUCAUCCUUGUUGAUUCUUGUUUUUCAGAUCGGUACGGAUGCAUGUAAGAACUGACGCAUUUGAAGGAAGGGUCAUGACUAUCCUUUAUGUUGGUAUGUGACGUACCAUACAAUCACUAUCUGAUGCUGAGAACAUCAGGAGAUUCUUUUUUCUUUUCCAUUUCUCUUUUUGCAUAGCUUGCAUAAGGGCGGCGUUGUGGAGGCAGGCUAUAUUUCUUACAC